CAGCCCCGACCCUUGCUACGCUUUGCGUCGCUCUGCCAGGCGCAGUCGCCUCCUCCUUGGCAAAUAGUCCUCGGCAGGGUCCGAGUUUUCGGGUCAUCCGAGGUGGGAAACAGGAGAGGUUGCAGUUGAAGGGACGCGGAGUUGACGAGGAGAGGGAGCUGAGGAGCGACGUCCUCUCAGGAGCGCGUGAAGUGAGUUAGAAACUCCCUCCCUGCCCGGGAUCCCUCCGCCUGCAGUAGCGGUGGUGAGGCCGAGGGAGCCGCCAUUUUGGAUGUUCGGUUCCUGCUGCCACUGCUGCCGCCGCCCCCGAAGCUGCUGGUUUCAUUCGAGGUUUCGGGCCGAGGAUGCCAGCCCCCAUCAGAUUACGGGAGCUGAUCCGGACCAUCCGGACAGCCCGAACCCAAGCUGAGGAACGAGAAAUGAUCCAGAAAGAAUGUGCUGCAAUCCGGUCAUCAUUUAGAGAAGAAGACAAUACAUACCGGUGUCGGAAUGUGGCAAAAUUACUAUAUAUGCACAUGCUGGGCUACCCUGCUCACUUUGGACAGUUGGAGUGCCUCAAGCUAAUCGCCUCACAAAAAUUCACAGACAAACGCAUUGGGUAUUUAGGAGCAAUGCUGUUAUUAGAUGAAAGACAAGAUGUGCAUCUUCUCAUGACCAAUUGUAUCAAGAAUGAUCUUAAUCAUAGCACGCAGUUUGUACAGGGGCUAGCACUCUGUACCCUCGGCUGCAUGGGCUCCUCAGAGAUGUGCAGAGAUCUUGCAGGAGAAGUAGAGAAGCUUCUGAAAACCUCCAACUCUUACUUAAGAAAAAAGGCAGCACUGUGUGCUGUUCAUGUCAUCAGGAAGGUGCCUGAGCUCAUGGAGAUGUUUUUACCAGCAACAAAAAAUUUACUGAAUGAGAAGAACCAUGGUGUCCUUCACACGUCUGUAGUCCUCCUCACAGAGAUGUGUGAGCGGAGCCCAGACAUGCUCGCACAUUUCAGAAAGAAUGAAAAGCUUGUGCCCCAAUUAGUUCGAAUUCUAAAGAACCUCAUCAUGUCCGGAUACUCCCCAGAACAUGAUGUUUCUGGGAUCAGUGACCCCUUUUUGCAGGUACGAAUUUUGCGGUUAUUAAGAAUUUUAGGACGAAAUGAUGAUGAUUCCAGUGAAGCUAUGAAUGAUAUAUUAGCACAGGUUGCCACUAAUACAGAGACUAGUAAAAAUGUAGGAAAUGCUAUUCUUUAUGAAACGGUUUUGACUAUCAUGGAUAUUAAAUCAGAGAGUGGAUUGAGAGUUCUAGCCAUAAAUAUUCUUGGUCGAUUCUUAUUGAACAAUGACAAAAAUAUUAGAUAUGUUGCUCUGACAUCUUUGUUAAAGACUGUGCAGACAGAUCAUAAUGCUGUACAGAGGCACAGAAGCACAAUUGUGGACUGUCUAAAAGAUCUGGAUGUCUCAAUAAAAAGACGUGCAAUGGAGUUGAGUUUUGCCCUGGUAAACGGGAAUAAUAUCCGAGGCAUGAUGAAGGAAUUACUUUAUUUUCUGGAUUCAUGUGAACCAGAAUUUAAAGCCGAUUGUGCAUCUGGAAUCUUCCUCGCUGCAGAAAAGUAUGCACCUUCCAAACGGUGGCAUAUAGAUACAAUUAUGCGUGUCCUGACAACGGCAGGAAGUUAUGUUCGGGAUGAUGCGGUCCCCAACUUGAUUCAGUUAAUCACCAAUAGUGUGGAGAUGCAUGCAUACACUGUCCAGCGCUUGUACAAGGCAAUUCUUGGGGAUUAUUCUCAACAACCGUUGGUACAAGUGGCUGCGUGGUGUAUAGGUGAAUAUGGCGAUCUUCUUGUGUCUGGCCAGUGUGAAGAGGAAGAGCCUAUUCAGGUGACUGAAGAUGAAGUGCUGGAUAUCUUAGAAAGUGUCCUGAUCUCUAAUAUGUCCACCUCUGUGACACGAGGGUAUGCUCUCACUGCCAUUAUGAAGCUUUCUACUCGAUUCACCUGUACUGUAAACCGGAUUAAGAAAGUGGUGUCUAUCUAUGGAAGCAGCAUCGAUGUAGAGCUCCAGCAGAGGGCAGUAGAAUACAAUGCACUUUUUAAGAAAUAUGACCAUAUGAGGUCUGCCCUACUUGAAAGAAUGCCUGUCAUGGAAAAAGUGACCACAAAUGGCCCUUCUGAGAUUGUGCAGACAAAUGGGGAGACAGAAGCAGCUCCACUGGAGACUAAACCACCACCUUCUGGGCCCCAGCCCGCCAGCCAGGCCAAUGAUUUAUUGGAUUUGUUGGGAGGAAAUGACAUAACACCUGUUAUUGCAACUGUACCUACCAGCAAACCGGCUUCUGCUGGUGGAGAACUUCUUGACUUGCUGGGAGACAUCACCCUAACAGGUGCUCCAGCUGCUGCUCCUGCCCCUGCCUCAGUGCCACAGAUAUCCCAGCCCCCCUUCUUGUUGGAUGGGCUUUCGUCACAGCCUCUCUUCAAUGACAUUGCCCCAGGUAUCCCCUCUAUCACAGCAUACAGUAAGAAUGGCUUGAAGAUAGAAUUCACCUUUGAACGGUCAAACACCAACCCCAGCGUAACAGUGAUAACGAUACAGGCCUCUAAUAGCACAGAGCUAGACAUGACGGACUUUGUUUUCCAAGCUGCAGUACCAAAGACAUUCCAGCUGCAGCUUCUGUCUCCGAGCAGCAGCGUUGUCCCAGCAUUUAACACAGGGACCAUCACGCAAGUCAUUAAGGUUCUGAAUCCACAGAAGCAACAGCUGCGAAUGCGGAUCAAGCUCACAUACAACCACAAGGGCUCAGCAAUGCAAGACCUAGCAGAAGUGAGCCAUUUCCCCCCUCAGUCCUGGCAGUGAGGGCCAGCACCAUUCUCAUCCUUACCCACUCAAUCAAAGGAAUUCUGGGAAGGAGGUCGUGAUUGCUGGCAAGUCCCCCAACUGUACCAUGGGCACGAGGAGCUGAGAGAACUGUCAAGGGGGUUCCUCAAGUUACUGCUGACCUUGAAGCAUCGGUAAAGACUAAAGUCCUCUCCUCCGCUCUUGAGGCUGGCUGCUUCUGGAGGCUACUUUGCACUCUCUCCUCUUCUCCCUUUUCCACACUUCACCCCUCCCACAUUUGCAGCCAGAAUCAACAUUCUCUGGGCCACGGAGGCAAUCAGCAGCUGGCCUGGAGGAGAGGACUGGAAUUCAUGGCAAGAAAACACUCGCUCUGUCUCUGCAGCAAAGAGUGGCCCUUUCUUUCUACUGUUGUAUCUCUGUGGACUGGGCAAGGUGGGGUGUUCGUUCCUCACUAGCUGGUUACCAUCCUAAGGCGCUUUUUACAUCGGCAUUUGGAAAUGGAAUUGUAACAAUGGACAUAAGGGAGCCCUGCCCUUUUCUGCUGGUUCUCCCAAUGUUUGAAAGAGGCAUUAAGCUCCUGGUAGCCUUUUCUGUGCAUUGCUGUAUACACAGACACACAUGUAUGUAUGUAUGUUUGUUAUAAAAAACAAAACAAAACUGGUUAGACCUUGAGAGGUUGUUUGUAAACACUGGACAGAUGCAGUUCAAAGAGCUUUUGUUGAGAUUUGGCAUGAAGGACAUGGUGCUCUAUUUGUAAUAGAAACUUCCAAGGCUCUUCCAGCUCCCCAUUCUCUCCAUUCUUCAGCUGUAGUCAUGAGUUCUCUCUCCAUGAUGUUCAAAAUCAAUUCCCCUUAAAGUGCAAAGCGGACACUUUCUACAAGAUACAUGAUUAGUUGUUAUUGCCCCUAUUCCCACCACAGUGUCUCCCUAAGCCUGUCAUCUGCCUGGGUGAGCUGUGGUAAAUGGGUCAAAAGAGGAGUUCAGUCUUAAGGAGCAGACUCCGUCACAAAACACCAUAGCCCAUAGGAAGAGCAGUACCAGACUUCAUCUGGAGCACACUGGAGUCAGUUCAUCCAUUGCUCCAAACCUCCCUUUUCAUUUCCUGAGCCUGGCUUGGACCUUGGCAUUCCAUUUGAAUUCCUUCUUCUAACUGGAACAUUUGUGUUGUAUCUGUAACACUGGCACUGAAAUAAAGACCACACGGUUAAAGAAA